UUCCGGGCUAAUGCGACCCUUUUCCGGUGGCGCUCGGACUCACUUGGAACGGGUUUUUACCCAUUUCUUGCAGAGUUACUAGAGAAAAAGUUAGUCAGUAAUUAAGAAUAAUUGAAAAGGAGUUGCAAUGGUGAGUGGAGUGAUAAACGUAGCACUGGCUGUGGCAAAGGAGAAACAGUCUCAUACAAUCCUGCUGGUCCAGCCUACUAAGAGGCCCGAAGGCAGAACCUAUGCUGAUUAUGAAUCUGUAAAUGAGUGCAUGGAAGGUGUUUGCAAGAUGUAUGAAGAACACCUGAAGAGAAUGAAUCCCAACAGCCCGUCUAUCACCUACGAUAUCAGUCAGCUCUUUGAUUUCAUCGAUGACCUAGCUGAUCUCAGCUGCCUUGUUUACAGAGCUGACACACAGACUUACCAACCGUAUAACAAAGACUGGAUCAAAGAAAAGAUCUAUGUAUUGCUGCGCAGACAGGCUCAACAAGCCAGCAAAUAACUUGAACUAUCUCAGCACUGUGACAGUGGUUCAGCACAGUGAAAUGUACAGCUUGUAGUUAUAGUAGUGACAGUUUUGUAUUAUAAGCAAUGUUUGAAAAUCUGCACAAGAGUUUAAUGUUUUAAAACCUUGGAGGAUGUUUUUAUGUUUUGACUUUUUUUUUAAAACUGAAUCUUUUUUUUCUUCUGUAAAAAGAAUCCUGUAAAAUCUUUUUUUUUUUUUUCACAUUGUUCAAAUUUUUGAUGAAAAAGGCUGUCUACCUAUCAAUGUAGUUGGAAAUGCCCAUCACAUUGGGGGCAGCAGUUUGGUUCCAAAGCUACAUUGUGAAUUCUCUGCAAGCGCCACACUUGCAUUUUUCAUUAAAUCCUAAAUUCUAGAAGAAUUUACAAAGUAAAUGUUCAUUAAGUGAUUCAUCACAUAUUUAAUAUUUUAAGGGAGAAAUAAACAGAUUGGAAAGGUUUACAUUA